AGAAGAGUAGAAGCACCAAGCUGUACCAAUGGGGCGUGGAAAAGUAGAGCUGAAGAAGAUUGAGAAUCCAACAAACCGCCAAGUUACCUUCUCCAAGAGGCAGAUGGGGUUGUUCAAGAAGGAAAACGAGGUAGCCAUUCUUUGUGAUGCGCAAAUCGGAGUCAUCGUAUUCUCUGGCAGUGGCAGGAUGUACGAGUACUCUAGUCCUCCAUGGAGAAUAGCAAGCGUCUUUGACAGGUACCUGAAAGCCCCUAGCACCCGUUUCGAGGAGAUGGACAUCCAGCAGAAAAUCGUCCAGGAGAUGACUAGGAUGAAGGAUGAGAGGAACAGGCUGAGGAUGAUCAUGGCGCAGUACAUGGCGGAGGACCUGGCCUCGUUCUCCGCGCAGGAUCUGAGCAACCUUGAGCAGCAGAUCGAGUUCUCGCUGUACAAAGUUCGCCUCAGGAAGGUAACUAUGCACUAA